CGUAGCUGCUACAGAGCGGCGAGCUAGAGCGUCUCCCAUCUCUAUGGUCGGCGGUGCGAUGCGGUCGGUUAGUUACGUGCAGCGGGUGGCGCUCGAGUUCAGUGGGAGCCUGUUCCCGCACGCCAUCCGCCUGGGGGACGCUGACAAUGACACGCGGAACGAGCUGGUGGUGGGGGACACCAAUGGGAAGCUCUACGUGUACAAGAAUGACGAUACCAAACCCUGGACCGUGCGUUCAUGCCAAGGAAUGCUCACCUGUGUUGGCGUCGGGGAUGUGUGCAACAAAGGCAAGGCUGGCACUGUGCAGCAAAAAUGGCCAUGGGGCUGCCUGCCCAACCACUGAGGUCCACUCUGUACAGGGUCCUGCUGCAAGGCUGGUUCCCACAUUCUAUUCAGACUUCUACAUUGAGACCUGCAGGGCAGAGUGGAGAGAAGGCCACCCCACACAGCAGAACCUGGUUGUGGCAGUGAGUGCUGAGGGUUGGUUCCAUCUCUUUGACCUCACUCCACUGCCCUCAAAGCACUCGGAGGCCUCCAGCCACCCCGAGCCUCCGCCGUCGGAUGAGCAGAGGCCAGUGUUCAAGCAGCACAUUCCUGCCAACACCAAGGUCAUGCUGAUCAACGACAUUGACGGCGAUGGGAAGUGUGAGCUGGUGGUGGGUUACACCGACCGUGUGGUGCGAGCUUUCCGCUGGGAGGAUUUGUCUGAGGGCUCUGACCACCACUCGGGGCAGCUGGUCCUCUUGAAGAAGUGGCUACUAGAAGGGCAGGUGGAUAGCCUCUCCGUGAACCCUGGCCCCGAUGGCGCCCCAGAGAUGAUGGUGUCUCAGCCAGGCUGCGGCUAUGCUGUCCUCCUCUGCACCUGGAAGUUGGAGCAGCAGCAGCAGCCUGCAGCAGAGGGGGGAGACAACUCUGCAGCCAACAGGGAUGCUCCGGUGCGUGAUGUUAUUCUUCACCAGACAUCUGGUCGCAUCCAUAAUGAGAAUGUUUCUACCCACCUCAUUGGCAGCAUCAGCCGAGGCUGCCCCACAGCGAGCAGUGGUUCGGGCCUCUUCGCCCUGUGCACUCUGGAUGGGACGUUGAAGCUCAUGGAGGGAGCAGAUAAGCUGCUGUGGUCUGUACAAGUUGAUCACCAGCUCUUCGCUCUGGAAAAACUGGAUGUCACAGGUGACGGGCAUGAGGAGGUGGUGGCCUGUGCAUGGGAUGGUCAAACAUACAUCAUCGACCACAAUCGGACUGUAGCCAGGUUCCAGGUGGAUGAGAAUGUCAGCGCGUUCUGUGCAGGCCUCUAUGCCUGCAAAGGCGGCCGCAACAGCCCCUGUCUGGUUUACGUUAGUUUCAACCACAAGAUCUAUAUCUACUGGGACGUGCAACUGGAGAGAAUGGAGUCCACAAACUUGCUGAAGAUACUGAAGGCCAACCCGGAGUUUGAGGAGCUCCUCAAGAAGCUGGGUGUUGAAAGUGAUGAUGCUUCUGCUGUCAAAGACCUGAUUCACAAAACCCUGUACUUCCCUGAGAAGCACCUGCAGAACAGCCCCUCGCAGCACCGGGGUCCUGCUGGAGCUGACUCGUCCAACAAUCACACUGUUGCCCAGGACUCCGUAUAAACCGAGCUGGGUGUGGACAAGCACCUAUAACAGCAGUGAGUCUUCUCUAGUUGAUGGUUGGAGUCAGGCAUGUACCUGUGACUCAAGCUGAGUCUUGCAGCCAGGAUCAAAGAGCACCUUCCUUUUCCAUCAGCCUCAGCUUCCAGCAGGCUAACAGCAGUUGAACAAGAGACUUGGUAGAACUGAGCCAUUGCAGUAGGGCUGGGGUGAGGUGAGUGCUAUAUUAUGAGUCAUGGGUUGAGAACGAAUUGACUGACCCAAUAGCAUCAUCAUCUGCAGGCAAGAAGUCUGGCUUAUUCCAGUCUUGGGUUAAGGAGAUUUAGUAGUAAACUCUCAGCAGCUGUGUUCUCUGCAGGCCAGAGCAUUUAGCUUGUCUUUGGGGAAGUGAGAAGCAGGAGGAGGAAAAUAGCAAAAUGUCAGUCUAGUUUGUGGGGUGGUGUUUAAGAAUGACCUGUGUUAGGGGAAAUCUUCUGAGUUCCUAGCAGACAUGGGGGAAUCAGAUGGUGGGAGAAAGGAGGUUUUGGCAGUUCUUUCCCUGUAUGAAUCUCUGGACAGAUGUAUGUAACGUUGCCCUGCUCCAGUGGUGAGGGAGAGCAUCAGGUCAGACCUGAUCUUGCACAAGCAGGCUUCCCUGCCAAGGAGACAGGAUCGUGUGCUUACAUAGCUAAUUGUUUUCCAUGUUGUGCUGGUAAUGGCAACGUGUGCAAGCCGUGCAUGGAGAAAACUGAGAAGUGGAUAGCAUCGACUAGCAGACCCCAUGCAGUGCUCCCUUAAGAGAAAAAUGUAGUCUCUCACCUGUGGGCAGGCAGUGAGGGUGUCCCUGAUGCUUAUUGUCUGUGCAAAGCAGCCAAAAAGCAAGCAGUAAACUGGACUGAGUGUAAACAC